UCCCAAGCAGUGCAGGGUGAGCGCCCCUCGGGUCCGGGGACGGUCAGCUGCAGGGCUGGGAGCACCCUCUGGGGUGCCCGAUGGGGCCUUCCGCGGGGCGCAGGGGCGAAGUUGGGAUCGCACGCAGUGAGCCCGAGCUACCCAGCGCGACAUGCUGCCUCCUGGGCGCAAUGGCACCGCACAUCGGGCGCGGCUGGGGUUGCAGAGGCAACUGGCGCAGGUGGACGCCCCCGGGGGCUCGGCAACCCCGCUGGGACCCGCGCAGGUGGUUACCGCUGGCCUUCUGACUCUCCUAAUCGUCUGGACCUUGCUCGGCAACGUCCUAGUGUGUGCUGCUAUCGUCCGCAGCCGCCACCUGCGCGCCAAAAUGACCAACAUCUUCAUCGUAUCCCUGGCCGUCUCAGACCUCUUCGUGGCAUUGCUGGUUAUGCCUUGGAAGGCCGUGGCUGAGGUGGCCGGGUACUGGCCCUUUGGGUCAUUCUGCGACAUCUGGGUGGCCUUUGACAUCAUGUGCUCCACUGCUUCCAUCCUGAAUCUGUGUAUCAUCAGCGUGGACCGUUACUGGGCUAUUUCCAGACCCUUUCGCUAUGAGCGCAAGAUGACCCAGCGUGUAGCCCUGGUCAUGGUGGCCCUGGCCUGGACCUUGUCCAUCCUCAUCUCCUUCAUCCCGGUCCAACUCAAUUGGCACAGAGACAAGGCAGGCUCCCAGGGCCGAGAGGGCCUGCUGUCCAAUGAGACACCCUGGGAGGAAGGUUGGGAGCUAGAAGGGAGAACAGAGAACUGUGACUCCAGCCUGAACCGAACCUACGCCAUCUCCUCGUCGCUCAUCAGCUUCUAUAUCCCGGUAGCCAUCAUGAUAGUGACCUACACGCGCAUCUACCGCAUCGCACAGGUUCAGAUCCGCCGGAUCUCCUCCCUAGAGAGGGCAGCUGAGCAUGCUCAGAGUUGCCGGAGCCGUGGGGCCUGCGAACCUGACCCCAGCCUGCGAGCAUCCAUCAAGAAGGAGACCAAGGUCUUCAAAACUCUGUCCAUGAUCAUGGGGGUCUUCGUGUGCUGCUGGUUGCCUUUCUUCAUCCUGAACUGUAUGGUUCCCUUCUGCAGCAGUGGAGAUGCCCAGGGCCCAAGGACUGGCUUCCCUUGUGUCAGCGAGACCACCUUCGACAUAUUCGUCUGGUUUGGCUGGGCCAACUCCUCUCUCAACCCCAUCAUCUAUGCCUUUAAUGCAGACUUCCGGAAGGUGUUCGCUCAGCUGCUGGGGUGCAGCCACCUCUGCUUCCGGACCCCCGUGCAGACGGUAAACAUCAGUAAUGAACUUAUUUCCUACAACCAAGACACGGUCUUCCACAGGGAGAUCGCUGCUGCCUAUGUCCACAUGAUCCCAAAUGCGGUGUCCUCCGGAGACAGGGAGGUGGGAGAGGAGGAGGAGGCGGAGGAGGAGGGGCCUUUCGAUCACAUGUCUCAAAUCUCUCCAACGACCCCAGAUGGUGACCUGGCUGCUGAGUCUGUCUGGGAGCUUGACUGUGAGGAGGAGGUUUCCUUAGGCAAAAUCUCACCACUCACCCCCAAUUGUUUCCAUAAAACUGCUUAGAAACACCCUCAUGGGCAUGUACAGUUGUGGCCAUAUUUACAAGCAUGCACAAAGGCGUGCGCACACGCACACAAAUAUACACACUCCUGGUGUGCAUACACUUUCUGUAGUCCUGCUGCGUAGAAACCAAACGAUUCUUAGCUGAGAAAAUGAAUGAGCCGAGGCUGUUGGAAUAAACUCGGAUAUUCUGGGCACAGAAGAGAGUUCCGUUUAGAGAUGAGAAAGUGGAACCUGGUCCUUUAAGAAGUACACCUCAGUUUACCCUUUCUAACAGAGGCUUGUUCUGUGAAUUGCACCUGGGUUGCUUUUUAAAUGACAGUUCUGAGUGGCAAUUGUUGGUAUGGGCUGUGACUUUCUAGACUUUGGGACCAUAUUCCCUGUUCUCAGGCUGCUGCUUUAGUGCAGGUUGAAGGGUCUUUCUUGUGACCGGGAUCUCUUCCUGGUUUGUUAUGGUUUCCAUAAGCGCACAGUACAUUCAUUUGUGGCUGGGAAGAGGGGCAGUCACCUUUGCUUUGCCAGUUGGUGCUCAGUGUUUCUCCCAGAGAAACCACAAGUGCCAGUGCUCUUGGAAGACAGCUGGAUUUUGGAGUACACAUUUGUUUUCUGAGCAGCUUGGCUUAGGAAGCACGCAGAGCAAAGGGCCUUGAGGAAAUGCUGACUUCUUAGAUUUCUUUUUUUCUUAGUCAGUCACACCUUCAGGACACACUGAGGGCUCGUUUCACCUACACAGUAUUAGAUGCGGGAUUCUCAAGCCUAAGACUCAAUUAGGGUUUUUUUGUUUGUUUGUUUUUGUUUUAUCUUUUGGAAUUGUCUUCUAGAAGUAUAGGAGACAAUGGUCCUGCUUGCUAGAUAGAUACCCUCGGCUCAUGGGAAAGACCACCUAAUAUGACUCAUCUUCUCCAUCUCUCAUCUGGGGUGUUUCAGAGCGGCAUGGCUUCAGUAAACCACAAUUUCUAGGGUCUUUUAGAUGUGAUAUGCUUCAAAAUGCUUCAAAACCGAAAUCCUGCUUUGAAGCAGACGGUGGUUUUCUUUUGCAGGCCAUUGCAAAUGGAAUGAACUUCAGCCUAUAUGCGGAAAGCCAGAGGCAACACAUGCCUGGAUGAACUUGCAGGAUUAGGGGCUCACGGAGGAGCCCACCUGUCUUUUUGCUUUCCCACCCUGCACUGAGUACAGUGAAGUGUUCUUUAUUCUGGUAUGAUUUUUAUUAGACACAAAUGUAAAAAAAAAAAUUAAAAAGUAUUGGAAGCAAAUGAAAUGUGCAUAUGUUAAUUCCUACACGCCCCUGCUCCAAAAACCGUUUCUCAAGGACAGUUCAAUCAAUUUUGGUUUCCUUAUGGAUAAUUGUAUUAUGAGUCUUCUGAACAGCCGUGUUUUGUUCCCUGUAAAAUGUAUAGUGCCUGUCAUAUCAUGCUUAAUAAAUGUCAGU